AUGCUUGGCGGUCCCACAGAGGUCGAAGUCUACCAUGCGCCUUACAAAGAAGGGCCAGGAAUGGAGGAAGCGAUCCUCUACCCACUCCCACCUCCUUCUGACGCUGUCCCACGCCGCCUGACCGACGCAGAGACUGCCCGCGUCGACCUUCUUUGUCGCCUCCUCUUUUUCCUGGCUACAGCUCCCACCAAGUGGUCGUCACUCCCCCAGAGCCACCUUCCGGAUCUCUCCAAGUUCCGCCUUCCCAAUGGAGAGGAUGUGGCGUGCGUCCUUUGGAAUGGGCUGUACCAUAUUACUGGCACUGACAUUGUCCGCGCCCUCUUAUUCCGCUUUGAAGCGUUUGGGCGCCCUGUGAAGCACACAAAGAAGUGGGAAGAAGGCGUCUUCUCCGACCUCCGCAACCUCAAACCCGGCGUCGAUGCCUGUCUCGAAGAGCCAAAGUCAGCCUUCCUCGACUUCCUGUUUCGCAAUGGAUGUAUCCGCACGCAGAAAAAGGUCUUUUACUGGUUCUCAGUGCCUCACGACCGCCUCUUUUUGGACGCGCUGGAACGCGAUCUGAAGCGUGAGAAGGCUGGCCAAGAACCCACUUCUGUCGUCGUUGGAGAACCAGCCCGCAGUUUCAAGUAUGACCCUCGCCGGGGCCUCUACGAGCAGUUCAUGGGAAGCAACAGGGGCAUGGAGGCGGCGAUUUUGGGCCAGGUCUACCCGCUCCAGGCACGCAUCCCUGCUGGUAUGGUACCGCCAAAUGUUGGUGUGGAAGGCUCCAGACAGGGGAGCAUCGAUCCCAGUCUGGGGUAUGAUGGUCGGAUGAUGGAGCACCCAAGCGACCAAGGCUUCUGGCCUGGACGAGUCGGGCAGCUCGAUUCGGCCGGCCGCCCCAUCCCCACCGACUUUGUCCCACCACCUCCUGACCAGUACACGGCUGGGCCAGGAGGAUUGCCGCAGUUCACGGUGACCAUGUUUGAAGGGAGCUCGUCGUACAAGCGCAAGCGACCCCGAUCGCCCAAGCGCUCAUCGCCUUCCAAAUCCGUACAGCCAGAGGGCGAGGACGAGAAACGUGAGGCGAGCCUUGCGCCCGGAGAGAAGGAGCCCGCCCGUAAGGUCGCUCGGGCCAACUCCUCCUCGUCGACGGCGGCCGACAGCACUGGGAACAGCGGUACAGGAGGCAGCAAGACGCCCGCGAACGGUGGUGCGACGGAUGAGAAGACGUUUGUGUGCGUGUUUGACUUUUGCCGUCGGCCCUUCAAGCGCCUCGAGCACCUGAAACGCCACAUCCGCACACAUACGCAGGAACGCCCAUUCUCGUGCAAGCUCUGCAACCGUGCGUUCAGCCGUCAGGACAACCUCCUGCAGCAUCUGCGUCUGCAUCGAAAGGACGACCCACCGCGUGCCAAUGACGUCGCUGAGGACCGCCUGAGCGCGCCGCCGUACGUGGGGCGCCGCUGGCCGACACAGUCACCUGUCCCAACAGAGGAUAUGAUCGCGCGCGUCCCCGUUGCGCCCAACGCGUACCCCGUGACCAACUUCAACGUGUCGUAUCGCUCGACCACCGUGCCACCAGACUGGCUCUCGAUGCCGCCUCCGCCUCCAACAUGGUCGAAUGCCCCUGUUCCGGUGUCUGUCGGGCACUCAUUCUCGCCGGCGCCGACGCCAAUGCGCUUCCGCUCAGCGACUCCACAGAUGCAGGCCAGCGGCUACUCAUACGGGUCGAUGGCGCCACCACCCGCACCCGGGAUGAUGGCCGCGCCCAUGACUAUGCAGUACCCACAAGGGGGGUACGAGCAGGCGACUGACCCCACGUACGGGACAAGCUUUGUGCAGGGGUGGCCCGAGCAGGUGAAUGGCGUCACGGACGAGGGCAACGACAGCUACGACAAGAGCUACGAGGCCGUCGACGUGUCCGACCAGAACGGGUGGCAGGCUUCGGCGCAGUGA